AUGGCGUCUGAACCACUGAGAGAUGAUCAGUAUCGCUUGCUUCGAGUACUGCAGUGGCAAGUCAUCUUUUUUCUCACCGGAGUUAUUAUUGUUAAUGGACAAAUCCGAUACUCAAUUCCUGAGGAAAUGAAAACAGGCUCGUUUAUCGGUAAUGUAGCACAAGACCUGGGACUCGAUUUGAAAAGGUUACGAGCGGGUCGGGCCCGUAUCGUGACCGGAGAAAGUGUCCAGCAUGUGGAGCUUAAGGUAGACAAAGGGAUCCUUGUUGUUAGUGAGAGAAUAGACCGAGAGCAGCUUUGUGGCGACACCAUACCUUGUAGCUUCAGCUUCGAGAUCAUUCUAGAGAAUCCGAUGGAAUUACACCCAAUAACAAUUUACAUCCAAGACCAGAAUGACAACGCGCCUCAGGUUCUAUAUCCAGUACAGACUGGUGGCUCUCUUGUUGCUGAAGUAGUGCCUCGUUCAGCAGAGGUGGGUUAUCUUGUCACUAAAGUGGUGGCUGUUGAUGUGGACUCUGGACAGAAUGCCUGGCUCUCAUAUAAACUGCUAAAAACCACAGACAGGGCGCUGUUUGAAGUCGGAUUACAGAAUGGUGAAAUAAGAACUAUACGCCAAAUUACUGAUAAAGAUGCUGUGAAACAAAGGCUCACUGUUGUAGUGGAGGACAACGGCCAGCCCUCUCGUUCAACAUCAGUGAACGUUAAUGUUGCAGUGGCGGACAACUUCCCUGAGGUUCUUUCGGAGUUCUCUGAUUUUGCGCAUGACAAGGAUUACGAUGGUAAUCUAACGUUUUAUUUGAUAGUGGCAUUGGCUGUUGUCUCACUUCUCUUCAUAAGCUGUUUAGUGAUUAUAAUAUCGUUGAAAAUCUACAAAUGGAGACAAUCUCGUAUGUACUAUCAGUCCAGUCUUCCAGUUAUUCCAUACUAUCCACCACGUUAUGCAGAUGUAGGAGGUACAGGAACUCUACAGCACGUGUAUAAUUACGAAGUAUGCAGAACUACUGAUUCUAGAACGAGUGACAGCGAGUUCAUGAGACCUUGCAUUCAGAAAGUGUUAAUAGCAGAAUCCAGUCCUGCUGGGACCAUGCGCCGUUCGCUGAGUGACAAAAACAUCCUGGAUGAUUCUAACUCUCCACUGGAGGUGAUCGCUGUUCUGCAGUUUGAGCUCUGA